CCCUGCACUAGAAAGAAUCCAGGCCUGGGUUUGGCUCCAGCUGGGCCUUGUAAAGCUGUUACUUAUUGAGUUAAGUCAGAGUGGUUCAAAUGUUGAUGUGCAGCACCUGGGUCGCCCUUGACAACCACCACAGAAGGGAGGCCCUCCUUCUGCUGGGGCUCCCUGUAACCCUCUCUCCGCUGGACCCAUGGCUUCCUGAUGUGACUCCUGCCCUGGGCUGCCCUCCCAGCAUGGCUGACACCAUCUUCAGCAGUGGAAAUGAUCAGUGGGUUUGCCCCAAUGACCGGCAGCUUGCUCUGCGAGCCAAGCUGCAGACGGGCUGGUCUGUGCACACCUACCAGACGGAGAAGCAGAGGAGGAGCCAGUGCCUGAGCCCCGAAGAGCUGGAGGUCAUCCUUCAGGUCAUCCAGAGAGCAGAGCGGCUGGACAUCCUGGAGCAGCAGCGGAUUGGGCGGCUGGUGGAGCGGCUGGAGACCAUGCAGCGGAACGUGCUGGGCAACGGCCUCUCCCAGUGUCUGCUGUGCGGCGAGGUGCUGGGCUUCCUGGGCAGCUCCUCCGUGUUCUGCAAAGACUGCAGGAAGCAGAGGACAGAAACAGAACCUUGGCGCAGGAGAGGAAGAGACGCGCCUGCAAUGGAAGUUCCUGCUGGGCAGGCCACGGAGAAGCCUGCCUCAAACAAGUGGUGCUUCUGCUCGGGGCUGAAGGACACACAGGCCAGGGAGGAAGACUGUGAGGUCAGGUGCGUCGCGGUCAAGGCUGCAGCACGAAAGUCUGCACCAAAUGCGGAAUCGAGGCCUCCCCUGGCCAGAAGCGGCCCCUGUGGCUGUGUAAGAUCUGCAGUGAGCAAAGAGAGGUCUGGAAGAGGUCAGGGGCCUGGUUCUACAAAGGGCUCCCCAAGUACAUCUUGCCCCUCAAGACUCCUGGCCGGGCUGAUGACCCUCACUUCCGACCUCUGCCUGUGGAGCCCACAGAACCACGGCCUCAGAGUGCUGAAGCCAGCCGCGUCUACACAUGGGCCCGAGGGAGAGUGGUUUCUAGUGACAGUGACUCGGAUCUCAGCUCCUCCAGCCAGGAGGACAGACCCAUGCCCACUGGGGUCAAGGGCACAAAAGGUGACAAGCCUAAAGGGGACUCAGGGGGCAGCAUGGAGUCACCCGGGUUGGGGCCUGCCUGCCCACCCAGCCAUCUUUCGGGCAGCCAGAGCAGCCUGGCCAGCGAGAGUGGGGCAGGUGCUGCCGACCCGCCGGGAGGCACCCCACCACGGCUUGAGCCCAGGGUCCCCGGAAAAAGACAUACACGCGCAACUCCCCGCUACUGACGUGGAUGUCUGGCAUCCCUAGGCUGAGGCAGAGUCUCCAGAAGAAGAUUAAGAGCAAAGAUGGACAGGGUGCCCGGCUCCUCUCUGAAGGCUCUUGAGGCCUCACAAGCACCCUGCUGGCCUUGACCAACUCAACAAACCAGUAUUUGGGGACCAAGUAUGCUUGCCCCCACCCAGUAGUGCCUUGCUUCCCCUGGGCAGAAAGUCUCUUAUCUGCCACUUCACUCAGCCCCCCCCUUAUUUAUUGCCCCCCACCUGUCCCAUUCAUUCCCAUGUUUUGAUUUGCUUGGGUCUUGGGCUGGGCUGGAAGGGCCUUCCUGUAUGCACUGAAGUUUUGGUGGGGCCACACGGGGCUUUCUUUGUACCAAUGGUGGGAACUCUAACCCUGAGUAUGACCCUGAAGAGCUGAACACCUCCUAGCUUGAGCCUGAAGCACCCACGCCUUUCCCCUCCUUCACUGAUGGAGGCCUAAGCAUGGCCCUGUCUACCCCAGGCUAGCCUGGGAGCUGGGUUUAACCAGCCCUGACAAUUCCCUGAAGCCCCUGUUGGCCUACAGGUUUUUGCUCCACCCAGGCUCCCAGCUCCCCUAAGACAUUUGAAACACUUUUCGCUCUUCAGUGGAAAACGAGGCUCCCACCCUCCCUCAUGCUCACUGGCCCAGCCUGGGAGCUUCGAAUUCUCAAACCAGAGAAGGCAUGAAAAAUACUCAAAAUACAGAUGCUUUGGGAAACCCUCUCCCUUGGUGAGGUGCUAUGGGUCCAUGCCCUUCCUCCCUCUUAGUCUAGUUCAUCCUCCCCCACCACCAUCCCUUCAUCCAUGGAGGGCUUUCUCCCCAAGGCCAUUAGCCUUUGCCAUUGCUGCUGGCAGAGGACAAACUCACCAUUUCCCUGUGAUAUGUAAUACUUCAGCAUUAAAAUAAUAAACGUGAAAACGUUCA